AUGCAGGAAGUCGACAAAUUCCUAGACUAUGCAUUUUCUAAUGCAGCAUGUGGGACUAAGAUCUUAUGUCCAUGUGUAAAGUGCCUAAAUCAACUUUGGGGAAAUCGGACUGAAGUGACUGAACAUCUGGUCUGUGAUGGAUUUUUAAGGAACUAUACAAUUUGGAAUAACCAUGGGGCAGCAUCAUCUUCACACACUCCUCUCCGUGAAACUCCAGUGGAACUUGACUCAUCAGAUAUCUAUGAUGUUACACAUAACAUGCUAAAUGAGAUGUUGGGAAGAAAUGCAGAUGAAAGGAUUGAUGAUGGUGGCACAGGUGUGCAUAUAGAGGGGGCAAGUAUAGCAAUGAAGAAAUAUGAGCGGUUGAUGGAAGAUGCAAAUUUACCAUUGUAUCUAGGAAACGAAAGGUUUACAAAACUAUCUUUCAUUCUUCGGCUUUAUCAUAUCAAAUGUCUCUGCAAGUUGAGUAACAAAGCAUUCUCAUUGUUGCUUGACUUAUUGAAAGAAGCAUUUCCCGAGCCGAAUUCGUUACCGAAGUCUUUGUAUGAAACCAAGAAGAUUAUUAAAGACUUAGGCCUCAAUUACGAGAAGAUUGAUGCAUGCCGCAAUGAUUGCAUGUUGUAUCGGAAUGAGGCAGCAAAUGCCACGUCUUGUUACAAAUGUGGCAUAUCAAGAUAUACAUCAGACGAUAAGAAGAUCCCAGUCAAGAUAUUACGUCAUUUUCCUUUGAUUCCAAGGUUCCAAAGGUUAUAUAUGUCGUCUAAACUAUCAUCUGAUAUGAGAUGGCAUCAUGAAGAGCAUGUAGAUGACCAGAAGUUACGACACCCAGCUAACUCUAAAGCAUGGAAGGACUUCGAUAGGCUUUAUCCGGAUUUUAGUGAGGACCCUUGA